GUCGGACAUUUUUCAAUUAGUCUUACCUGUUGCUCUUACUUUUUUAUCUAGUUCAACAUUAUUUCUCCAGAAAAAUGCCAAGACCAGCUUCAGCUCAAUCUGAACAAGAAGACAAUACCGAUUUACUAUUAAUUGAAGAAUAUGAACGACUGAAUAAUCAAUUAAGAAUAUUACAAAAUGAACGUCAAAAACAAACUGAAGAAUUUACUGUUAAACUGGGAAAAUAUAAGAAAGCUACAGAAAUAUUAGAAAAAGAAAAUGAAGAAAUUAAAUGUUUGUUAACGUUAGUAGAUAGUGAACAAAAUAGAAAACAAGAUAUGAAAUGUAUUGAACAAUUAAAACAAAUUUUAAAAGAGCAAGAUAAUAUACAAUUACAAAUUGAUGAAUUAAAAACUUAUGGAAAACGUUUAGAUAAUGAGACACGUAAAAUAGAAAAUCUUAUCCAAGAAAAACAACAAAUUCGUAUGAUACAAACUAAAAAAGAAACUGAAACCAAUGAAUUAAAAUUACAAAUUGAAAAAAAAUUAGUUACUAUGGAAAAUAAUUUACAUGAAAAAAAUAUGAAAUUUUGUGAUACAUUAGCAUAUAAUAAUAAAAUACGCCAUGAAAUAGAAUGUGCUAGAAAUGAACGAAAUAUUUAUUAUGCAAUACAUCAAAAAUUAAAAGAUAAAUUAAUACAUUUAAAUAAAUUAAAAAUUAAAUUAAUUCAACAAGCAAGUCUUAUAUAUGAUCAAAGAGCGGAUGCCAAAAAUAAAAUUAAUGCAUUAAAAGAAAAAAAUGAUAAAGAUAAUAUUGGAUUUGAAACUGAAAUGAAAGAUUUACAAAGAAUUAUUGAUCAUAAUGAUCAAUUAAGAAAAUUUAUGACAAUUAAAUCAGAUGAACGUUUAGAUUGGAAACAGAAAGCAGAAAAUCGUCGACGUAAAUAUGGUGCUACUGGUGAAAUAGCACAACAACAAAGAAGUUUAAAAAUUCAAGAAUAUGAAUCAGCAAUGAAUCGUUUACAAUUAAUCACUGGAAAAUCUGAUGUUGAACAAAUGACUAGAUAUUAUAAACGUAAUGAAGAUGAUAACUUUACAAUGUUUAAAUAUGUGACUGAAUUAAAUAAUCAGAUUGAAUGCUUAAAUGAUAAUAUCAUAAAUAUAGAGAAGACAAUUAAAGAAUACGAUGAAGAAAAAAAAGUGUUUGAAAGACAAAGAGUUAAUAAAAUGACUGAAUUACAGGCACAAAUCAAGUCCGAUAAAGAAGCAGCUAAUACAGCUGAAAAUCGUACAAUACAUAUACAUAAAUUAUUAGAUCAAAUUAAAACGGAAAUAAAACAGUUAACUAUAAAACUUGGUUGUGAUUUAUCUAGAAUAACCGAAAUGCUUGGCGGUGACGGUGAUCAAAUAACUGAAAGAAAUUUAAUGCUUUAUCUUAGCGUAUUAGAACAAAGAGUAGAUGAAUUAUUAUCAGUUAAAUGUUAUUCACAAACUAAAGUAAGAAAUAGUAAUAAUAUUUUAUUCAAAACCUUUGAUAUCUAGCGAUUAUUCACAUUUGUAGAAUUCCCUGAAACAUACGGAAGUCAGUCGUGGUCCGAAUACCUCAACAGUGACUGUGGAUCCAAGUGAAAGAAGAUCGAGUUCACCAGGGAGCACCAAUUCCCUCAUUACUGCACGUACACAUUACUGACAAGUGCUGUGCAGCACUAAAUUUUGGCCCAGCAUUUCCUGUCGACUUCCGAUCUGAACACUCUAUGAUAGAACACUCACUUGUUUUGUUAUGACACCUUUGAUAUCGCUCGUGAUUUAAUUUUGUUCAUAGUUGGUUAUAGUUAUCAGUGUCGUUUGGGAUACGAGUUUCAUUCUGUUCCGAUAAGUUAAUGUCAAUUUUUCAUUUUACGUCAGAUACGGUGCACAACUAACGGCACUUCAAUAUGUGGAACCCUACAGUCGCAAAUCAAAAGACGGUAAAAGUAGCGGAGGUGGUUGUUGGAGCUAUUAGUAUUGGGUAUAAAAUCAUUAUGAGUCGGCCAAUCCGCAACAUGCCACGUUGAUAUUCUAGAAGGCUCUAUCAGGUUCUGAUUAGACGGAAUCUCUUCGGAUACUUGAGAGCCUCUGGAGGCUUUGUCACGCUUUUCUUGGCUGUCCCAGCGAUCGGGUGCUUAAUCCCAGAUUCAUCUGUUUGGUGAGGCCCAGAGAUUACCUAAACGAGUUAUUUUCAUUUCAUUAUAACCUUCAUUAAAUACAAAUACAUUUAUAUUCGAAAUGUUAUCACAUAGUGAUAACGAGAGGAUCAAAUAACGUUAGUUAAUAAUAAUUUAUCGAUCCAUGAAACAAUCUGCAAUGACCGUUAUUAUGAAAUAUAAUAUUUAUAUAAUUUCUAACGCUGUAACAUCUUAAACGACUAAAACAAAUGGAAAAAAAGGGAAAGAAGAUCAAAGAUGCUUGACAAAUAUAUCAGCUACUUUAUUUGCGUAGAUUUUUGUGACUAUUUAUUGAAACUGAUUCUAGACCACUUUAAUAAAUUGUAGGCUUAUUUCAAAGGUUGUUCGAUUGCUUCAAACUAAUUAACAAUUUACAUACGUUUUUGUUAUGGGCUGUAUCAUUCCUGUUGUUGUUAAAGGCAGCAAUUGUUCAGCUUCUUUUGGGCUAUGUACGUUCUGAGAGGGCUGCAUUGAUAUUCCUACUUGGUCACAAGUUUUUAUUAGAGCCAGAUAGUUGAUGUUUGGAGCAUAAGAUUCUGCUUUCGGAUCCCAAUAUAAACAUCAGUACAUGUCCUGUAUUCCGCUGGCAGUCAUGAUCUAACUUAAAUAAGUUCUGUAUAAUAAUAACGCUGUCGGAUAAUUUCUGUGUGGCGAUGUUUUCAUGUUUGUGUUCUAUAGGCUUACAGAGUGAAAUAGUCUGAUAAUCAACGAUGUACAGCCCAAUAAUAUUUACUCUGAAAAAGUUGCUUCCAUUAAGUCACGAAACCUCAGAAAUAUAUUUUUUUCCACUGAUUGGGAUAUAACAUAAAUAUAUUUAUUAUUAACUCCCUACUCAAUGCUCAAUUUAUUUGAAACUGUCAAGUCCAACCUUGGUAUUUAUACCUAUGAAAUAAUUUGGUAGGAUUUGUUAGUUCCAACAGUUUCCACUCCGUAUUCCCAUAAAAUUAUUCCAGUUAAUGUGUAAUCGACAUCCUAUACUAUAAUAUAAAUUCAUAAUUUCAAACAUAAUGACUAUUUAGUUUAAACAAAUCACUGUAUUUGUUUAUAUUGUAUCAUUUACUGAACUGACAAAAUAGAUUCUAUAACAACAUUUUAGGGACAUAGUGAUGAGAUGAGUCA